UUUUAUCGAGGCUUUGACUUGACACCCACUACACUGCUGAUCUUGAGAAAGGGUGAUUUAUGUGAACGUUGCAAGAACUUAACAGAGGAAUGGUUCUGAUUAUGGAGUUUAUUCAUGUAGAAGUGUUUACAUCUUGAACAUAACAACAGUGCAGACGUUUUCUUUGGUUUGAUUUUCUGUGACUGUGUCCGGAGCACCAGGCAUCAUGUGAGAUUGGAACCAGUUUGUCAUGUUUCACCCAACCUUACAUUGGACUGGGAGAGAUGUCACAGAGUCUACUGACAUGAUGUGUGACUGAUAUGGCAGUAUCGUCUUAUGACCAGCUACUAUUUCAAGUCAAUUCUCUCAAGGCUGAAAACUCCCACCUCAAAAGGGGUCUACAGGAUAACUCGUGUCAGCUGAGCAAGCUUGAGACGGAGGCCUCCUGCAUGAAAGAUGCCCUCACCCACAUCCAGACCUGUAUGCAAGAGGAGGAGGCAGGAACAACAACGACAACAACAACAACAGCAGGCACGACCAGAUCCAUGGCAACGGUUGGCAUGACAACCAGCCUCGAUCAGAAUUCAAAUACAGGCUACUCCCCGCUGGCUUCUCCGCUGUCGUCAGCUACAUUUAGAGCCUACAAACUACAGAGUCCACCCAGCAUGCAUUCAUCGUCGAGCAGCCUCACGGCAGACACGCCCGGCAGCCCCGCCCAAAACAGGCAGCUGAGAGACCACUGUAAUAAGCAGAUGCAAGAACUGGAAAAGGAGAGGUAAGAGUUUGUUUCCAUGUUUCUCGUUCUUCAUAACCUCCCUAAAAAGGCA